AUCCCAAAGCAGAAAGAAGCAGCAGACUCUGAACCAGCCUGAGACCCUUCACACCUCACCAUGAUCUGCGUUGUGCUUUUAACACUGUUCGCUGUGGUGUCAGCGGACCGGCUGCCCCGCAGCUGCGGCACCUGCGACCCGAGUAAGUGCGCUCCGCUGCCGGCCGAGGGCUGCUCCUCCGGGACGCUGCUGGACGCGUGCGGCUGCUGCGAGCUCUGCGCGUCGGGUGCUGGAGAGCCGUGCGGGGGACGCGGAGCCUCAGCCAAGCGCUGCGCAUCCGGACUCGAGUGCGUCAAGAGCGACAAAGACAAGAAGAGCAAAUCAGGGGUCUGCGUCUGCAAGAGCAACUAUCCCGUGUGUGGCACUGACGGCGUGAACUACAACAGCGGCUGUGAGCUGAAAGCAGCGAGUGUCACAGCAGUCAAGGACAAAAAACCCGAGAUUAAGAUUCGGAACAAGGGCAAAUGCGCUGAAGCACCAGUUAUUGUAACAGCUCCAGGAGAGGUCUGGAACAUUACUGGCUCGCAGGUCUUCCUGAGCUGUGAAGCCACCGGGAUACCAACACCUGUGCUCACCUGGAGAAAAGUAUCUAAUAGCAAAGACAAGACUCUUCCACUCCCUGGAGACAAAGACAACCUGGCUGUCCAGACCCGUGGAGGUCCGGAAAAGCAUGAGGUUACCGGCUGGGUGCUAAUAUCUCCACUUACCAAGGGUGAGGACGGCUUCUACGAGUGUCAUGCCAGCAACAUCCAGGGCGAAGCAUCGGCCGUGGGCACCAUUCACGUGGUGGAUUCCAUCAAUGACAUUCCACACAAGAAGGCCAACUAGAAAACUAAGACGUCUUUGUCAUUGGUGCCUCUUGUCUGUUUGUAUGCAGGGAAGGAUGAUGAGCUGUAAGAGGACGUGGCCUCCGACUGAGAUGUUUAAUGACAAGCAUCUAGUGCAAUCACUGCUCACAUGCUCCACCUGAACCACAAACAGCAACUUACACAUGGACACUUUAUACUAUAGAAGUUCUGAGAUACUCACAAAAACACAAACUCCAACAUUUCUCCAUUCCUACACUUUACCUCACUCUACAAUAUGUCUGCCUGCAGAACAACUUUGAUACUGUAAAGCGCAAAACAAGACAACCAUCAUAUUGAUUUUUAAAGAGAUAUGCGCAUUCGUACCCGAGAACACAAAAAUUCAGACACGCACACUUCAUAUGGCACAUAAUAUCAUUCACACUUGCAUGGACGUGAACGCACUCAAAUAUCUCUUCUCCGCUUAUCAUAUGUAUGUUUUACUUCUCUUUGUGAUUUUUCAAGAUGUUUUUAAAUGAUACAAAUUGUACUCAUUCCUUUAGUUUUCUUUUAUUUUGGUUGACGUCUAUGGUGCUGAAAAACAAUUAUUUUAAGCGUCAACUAUUUGUGCAGUUUCUAAGACUUUUAGAUGCUCCAUUCC